AUGGCGUUACUUUUACUUUUAUUCAGUUCCGUCUUCAUUACGAGGUCAUUUGGAGCAAGAGGACAGAGAAAGGCAAGAUAUUCAGUUGGAGUUAAUGCGGGUACAAUUGUUGGAACCACCGGCAUCGAUCGAGAGUCAAGCAUGUCGCUUCAGCGCUUGACAGCGCUUCGAGCGCUGAUGGCCAGCCAACCGACAGCUUUAGCAGCAUACAUUAUACCAACUGCCGAUGCUCAUAACUCGGAGUAUAUAGCGUCGGUGGACGCCCGCCGGGAAUGGCUCACGGGGUUCACGGGUUCUGCUGGUACGGCUGUGGUCACCGGCGCACAGGCUCUAGUGUGGACGGACGGGCGGUACUACACGCAGUUCGAGAAAGAGGUGGAUACCCAGCUGUGGACACUUAUGAAGCAAUCAUUACCAGACACGUUGACAAUGGAAAAAUGGCUGACUGCGAACCUAGUAGCGGGUUCGGUGGUGGGCGCCGAUCCUCACACGAUGAGCAGGGAGGAGUGGAGUCCUUUGCGGACCGCUCUCAAAAAAGCUAAAAUGGAACUGAUCGCGGUGCCCAAUAACCUGGUGGAUGAAGUAAGGGUCCAAAUGAAGGACCCGCCACCGGCGAGACCUCACAACGAGAUCGUUCCGCUGCCUGUUAAAUAUACUGGUAAGACUGCUGGUAAGAAGAUAGAAGAGUUAAGAGAUAAGAUGAAAGAGAAGAAGGCGUCCGCUCUCGUUUUAACUGCACUGGAUGAAGUAGCGUAUACACUCAAUCUACGGGGCAGCGAUAUCCAGUACAACCCGGUCUUCUUCUCUUACCUGGUGAUCACUCAGAGCUCGGUCAAGCUUUUCUGGGGUGAUGGAGAACUUCCCGAGACGGUACUGGAACACCUGCGGUCUGAGGGGGCGGAGGUCGAGGGGUGCUCGUAUGAUAGUAUUGUGGAGUAUUUGAAUUGUUUGGCUAAAGAUCUAUCGGAAGGCGGCGAUGGAGCCCAUUCGAUCUGGUUGUCGAGCGAUGCUAGUGAAGCUGUACAUCGUGCAGCGGCCGGGGAAAGUGUGCUGAAGAAACCUCUCGAUUUAAUAUCUGAGGUGUCUCCGGUGGCGUUGGCGAAAUUGAUCAAGAAUGAGGAGGAGUUGGAGGGUUUCCGCAACUGUCACAUUAAGGAUGGUAUAGCGGUGGUGCGAUUCUUUAGAUGGCUGCAUGAGCAAAUCGACAGUGGCGCCACCAUCACGGAGAUAGAGGCGGCCGACAAACUGCUGGAAUUCCGCACACAUGAAGAAGACUUCAUGGGGCCGUCAUUCGAGACUAUAGCUGGUGCUGGGGAGAACGGAGCGAUCAUACACUACAGUCCGUCCAAAAAGGGCGAGCAAAGGGUGAUCAAGAAGGAUGACAUGUUCCUCCUGGACUCCGGCGGUCAGUACAAGGACGGAACAACUGACAUAACGCGAACGCGUCAUAUGAGCGGCGCGCCCACUGCAGGGCAGAGGGACGCGUUCACACGCGUGCUGAAGGGACAGAUGAUGGUCGGCAGUGCGCUGUUCCCGCAAGGUGUUAAGGGCAACGUGCUGGACAGUUUCGCUCGCAAAUCACUGUGGGACGUGGGACUGGAUUAUGCCCACGGCACGGGGCACGGCGUGGGGCACUGCCUCAACGUACACGAGGGGCCCUCGGGAGUGUCAUGGCGUCCUUACCCACACGAUCCUGGACUUCGUCCCGGACAGAUACUCAGCAAUGAGCCCGGUUUCUACAAAGUGGGGGAGUACGGCAUUAGACACGAGGAUCUGGUUGAAACUAUCGCCAUCACCAAGGAUUCCAAACAUCCGAGGGCGUCUAGCUUGCGAGGUGACUUCGACGGUCGUGGUGUUCUCGGCUUCAACACAUUGACUCUAGUGCCGAAUCAAAGAGAGUGCAUCGAUUUGGCUCUGCUUGACGAUUUUGAGUUAUCGUAUAUCAACUCGUACCACAGCAGGGUGUUCAAGACUCUAGGCCCAGUGCUGCAGUCACGAGGUCUGGUCGAAGACUACAAUUGGCUACAAGAACAGUGCGCCCCCAUUGUCAGAGGGUCUACAAGUCAACAAAAUGGCGGCGGUCAGUAA